GUUUGGAAACUGAAAGCAUACAUAAAUAUUACCACAUCGCUUGUAAUUGACGCAGCAGAAGAGUUCAGGUUACAAAGAGUUUUGUUUUCUCCUUCCAUCCUCAACGUCUGCUUUGUUUUUUGGAUCGAACUUUAUAAACAACUAAAGAACAUGAGUGUGCUACGUUGGAUUUACAUGUUGACAUCCUUUCUUACAUUGCUUGACACGAAAAGGACUCGAGUAAACGGAGUUUCGCUAUGCAGUUCUCCCUGUUUGUUAGUUUCUAACACAACGGAUAUUGUUACCAUGAACAUCCAAACCUCUUCUAUUAACUCAGUUGUAUUGGGUCUAACAAGAGCUGUUGCGAUCGACUAUCACUUCAAUUUGGGCUACGUAUUUUGGAGUGACGUCACCGAACACAAUAUCAAGCGUCUUCACCUCGAUACUGAUACUAAAACUACAAUUAUCAGCAAUAUUGGAGUUUGCGAUGGACUCGCUGUGCACUGGAGGACUUCCCAGCUAUUUUGGACAGAUACAACAUAUAAUACCAUAUCCGUAUCAGACCUAGAUGGCAAUAACCAAGUUGCAAUAGUUUCCUCUGGUCUCGAUAAACCAAGAGGGAUUGCUUUGGAUCCUGACAAUAAUUUUAUGUUCUGGACUGACUGGGGACUUAACCCCAAAAUUGAAAGAGCUACCUCGAGUGGAAAACAAAGGUCAGCCAUCGUUACAAUGAAUCUUUAUCAUCCAAAUGGUCUUGACCUAGACAAAGGAAAUCAACGCAUAUUCUGGGUUGAUGCAGCCUUGGACAGAGUAGAAUCCAUCGAUUACAACGGUGGUAACAGGAAGCUGCUAUUCCAACAGAGUGGUUUACAUCCAUUUGGGGUUACUUUGGUUCCACCCUUCUUGUUUUUUACCGACUGGAAUACAAACAGAGAGGUUCAUAAACUAGACGCCCUGACUGGAGAAGUGUUUCGAAGCUACACUAUCAAUGGUGGAAAGCCAAUGGGCGUCGUAGUUUACGAUGGCUCCCGACAACCAUCAGCGUCAAGUCCAUGUUCCGUAAACAAUGGAGGAUGCAGUCAUUUUUGCGUUCCAAAAGCCUCUGGUCAUGAGUGCAUUUGUCCAACAGGCUUGGCAGUAAAACAGAAUGGAAAAACGUGUGAAGAAAAAGAAAAUAAGUUUUUUCUAUAUACGGAUGCCAACGAGAAAUCGACGAACAUCAUUUCAUUGGAUGUCAACUAUUUAGUAUCCAAAACCUUGUUCGUGCACCUUGGAGAUCAUCGUCCUAUUGCUUUGGACUUUGACCCUCUUGAAGAUCGCGUUUACUGGACUGACGUAAGACAAGGGCGCAUCAUGAGCGCCUUCAGAAACGCAUCUUCAGCAAAAACUUUGUAUUUUUGUAACGUCCUUAAUCCUGAUGGCUUAGCUAUUGACCACGUGGGUCGAAACAUUUAUUGGACAGAUACUGGGACAGACAGGAUUGAAUUGGGUCGUCUUGAUGGAACAAAAAGGAAGGUCUUAUUCAAGGAUGCACUCGAUGAGCCGAGGGCCAUAAUACUUGAUGAAAGAAAUGGCAUGAUGUACUGGACUGACUGGGGAGUCAAUCCAAAGAUUGAGAAAGCCGAGAUGGAUGGCUCAGGGAGACAAUCCAUUGUUACAGGAAAUCUAGCCUGGCCAAAUGGACUGACCAUCGACCAGGCUACAAACCGUCUAUACUGGGUUGACGCUAAAUUGGACACUAUAGAGAUGACCGACCUUAAUGGAGCGAGUAGACAGGUUCUGUUAUCAUCUGCAGAUCAAAUACAUCCCUUUGGUUUAGCGUUUUAUGAAAAUGUGCUUUACUGGACUGAUUGGAAUAAGAAAAGCAUUCUACGUUACAAUUUAACCAGUGCGAAACAUGAAACGGUGAUUCCUGACCUCCAGCAACCGAUGGACAUUCACGUUUAUGAUCCAUCUUUGUCAUUUACAGGUCCUCACGCAUGUGCUCAAAACAAUGGGUUAUGCAGCGACUUCUGUCUACUGAAGCCAGGAGGAUACAAAUGCACAUGCCCAACAGGGAUUGUGCUGAAGCCUGAUGGGAGAAGUUGUGAUAAUGAUGGUUUUGAAAAAGCGAAUUUAGAAAAAUUCAUGGUCUUUCCUGAAGCUGAUACUCGAGAAAUAUACAGCGUUGCAAUCUCAGUAUCAGAGAGCCCUUGCAAACCUCUGCAAAUCAAAACAAACAUCUCUUCGCCCGUGGCGGUCGACUACGAUCCACUCGAUAGAAAAAUAUACUGGACAGAUGUCGCCCUGAAAUUAGUGGCAAGAGCUUUUCCUAACGGAUCUUCCGUUGAGGUCGUCGCAUACAACAAAGUUGAGGGGCCUGAGGGGCUGGCAGUCGAUUAUAUUGAACGGAAUCUAUACUGGACAGAUGCGGGAACCCGCAAAAUCGAGGUAGCACGCUUAGAUGGAUCAUCUAGAAGAAGUCUUAUAACAUCAGGAAUCGAAAGUCCAAGAGCCAUAAUACUCAAUAUAGCAGAAAGGAAGAUGUUUUGGAGUGAUCGCGGAUCUUCUCCAAAGAUUGAACAAGCGAACAUGGACGGCUCUUCCAGGGCGGUUCUUGUUAGUUCUGAACUUGUAGGGGUUAACUCACUAGCCAUAGACUACUCUGGAAAACUGUUGUACUGGUGCGAUGCAACUCUCGAUAAGAUCGAAAGGGUAGACUUUCAAGGGAAUAACCGAGUCGUUUUACUGGACUUGUCAUCUUAUAUUCGGCACCCAUUUGCACUGGCCUUAUCUGACAACAUUAUUUACUGGUCAGACUUGGAAAGGAAGAAUAUAAACAAAUUCAACAUUACUUCCUCUCUCAAUGAGGUUCUGGUUCAUGGGAUGAGGUCACCGAAGGAGAUGCACAUCCAUGAUGACGCAAAAAUCUUUUCUGGAUCAACCAGCUGUUCGCAUUUAAAUGGGGGCUGUAGUCAUCUUUGUCUCCCAAAUCCAAGUGGACACCAAUGCUUUUGUCCUGAAGGAGUACUGCUAAAGCCUGGCGAUCCCUUUACUUGCCAAGGAGUUAACCGCUGUGCCCAUUUGUCUGUACCUUCAAACGGAAGCUUACAUCCCUGUUCUAAUCUUCCUGGAAAUACCUGUCGGUUUUCCUGUGACAAAGGGUACAUUCUCACCGGAUCAGCAACGCGAACCUGUCAAGACGAUGGCACGUGGACCGGCACACAGGCUAAAUGCAACGCUGCCACAUGCCCAGCCUUAUCCAUACCAGCAAAUGGAAUCCAGACGGGCUGUUCAGGAAAAACGGCGGAGCAGCACAACAAAAUUUGCCAAUUUUCCUGCAAGUCUGGGUUCACUGGGAUUGGUUCUCCUACAAGAAAAUGCCAAGAAAAUGGAACCUGGAGUGGGCAAGACUUCGUAUGUUCAGUUAUCAACUGUUCCAAGCUUGUGGUAAGUCCGGGAGAUCCAUUGCGCAUGAGCAGCUGUGGAUAUAACUUCGGAGCACAGUGUAACUUUUCCUGUCCCACUGGUUAUCGCUUAAAUGGAUCGUCAUCACUCAAGUGUGUUGCCCAAAGUGACAGUCCCCCAGGCGUUUGGGAUAAUCGUCUGCCAACCUGUUAUGCCAUUACUUGUCCAUCUCUUCCUAUCCCAAAACAUGGACAAAAGGUUGGAUGUAUUGAUCCUGUAUGGGAGCCUUAUGAUACCCAUUGUAGUUUUGCAUGCCAAGCUGGCUACAGUCUGCUUGGUUCCUCUGUCAGGCGAUGUCUACAAAACAGCACAUGGAGUGGAGUUGCAUCAUCAUGUCAAGUUGUCGCCUGUGGUCCACUCUUCCCUCCCAUGAAUGCGAUCAUUUCUCCAUCUUCAUGUGUAUCUGGUAGUCCUUAUGGUCAGACAUGCAGAUUUUCCUGUGGAACUCUAGGAUAUGUUCUUGAUGGAACUUCCUCAAGGGUAUGUGGCAACAAUGGGAAAUGGACAGGAUCCAACAACACCCGCUGCAUAGACAACAUGCGCCCCUCUUUCAAUAACACGUGUCCCCACAACAUGGUUUUCUAUACCGCUGGAUGUUCACCUACUGCUCUUGUCAAGUGGAAUGAACCAGUUGCUGAUGACAAUUCGGGCCACGUGUCGGUCAGCUAUCCAGCAAUUCGACCACCCACUCAAUUGGACGCUGGCCUCUAUCGAGUGAUUUACUCAGCCAAAGACGAUAACGGAAACAGUGCUAACUGCAGUUUCACCGUUCAAGUGACAAGAAAAUCAUGUCCAGUCCUUCCUCAACCAGUUCAUGGAUAUAUAUCGCUAACAUGCCAGCACUGGUUUGGUUCCCAGGCUUCUUUCACCUGUGAAAAAGGAUUUAAUAUGAAAGGCUCUCUUCUUCGCACCUGCAGAGGUGAUGGGACCUGGUCAGGCAACACAACCUCUUGCCAAAUUGUCAAAUGCCCUGCCAUAAAGGCCCCAUCUCAUGGUAGGGUCUUUCCAAGUCCUUGCAAGUUACCCUCAGGAGUUCAUUACAAGACAGAGUGCUAUUUCAUUUGUGAUGUUUCGGCCGGAUAUCAACCUCUAGGAGCAAGAAAUGUGUCCUGCCUUGAAAAUGGAUCAUGGAGUGCAGAUGUUACUAUUGUUAGAUGUAGAGAUAUCCAGCAUCCUAGAAUUCAAUGCCCACUUGACAUGACAAUCCCCACAGAAACUGGUCGGUCAUAUGCGAACGUAACUUGGAAGUUACCAGUCCCCACGGACAACUCUAACGAACAUUUGAUUCUUACUGGCUUGACGCCGCCGCAGAAGUUUAAUGUUGGUACAAAUCACAUCACGUACAAAGUCACUGACUCUUCCAGGCUGAGUUCAUCCUGUACUUUCUCGAUUCAGGUCAAAGAUAAAGAGCCACCUAGAAUUUCUCCCUGUCCCGAAGAUGUACUCAUUACUUCUGCAAAGCAAUGGACUAAGGUGUGGCUACCCAGAGUUGAGGUCACCGAUAAUGUUGGUGUUCACUCAUUUAUUACAAACAGACCAAACGGGAGCGAGUUUACAUGGGGACAACACAAUAUAACAUAUAGUGCUACAGAUACAGCUGGUAAUACAGCCACGUGCAAGUUCCGUAUAAUAAUUAAGGAUUAUGAAUGUCCGAAGCUGCAUUCACCACUGAAUGGAGCAAAAGCAUGUGACUUAUGGCUGGAAGGUGGUAAGAUCUGCACACUUCACUGUAACGUUGGAUAUGACUUCGCUAACAAACCACCAGAUGCCUAUUUCUGUGGGGCGUCAGGUGGAUGGCUGCCUGAUGAAAAAGUACCAGAUUGCUCAGAAACACGCCAGGCGACGACUCUGCUCAAAAUUCAGCUCCACUACCUAGCUGAUCAAUGCAGCGAGCAAAUUCAUCACCAGAUCGCCAGCAACUUUAUUGCACUUUACACCACUUAUUUGGGACCAGACAAUGGCUGCGAUUCACUCGGGUUAUGCACAAUCGAAAACGUCGAGGUCGAAUGUGGAGACCAGACAGGAACACUUCGAAAAAGAGACUUAGGAAGUAAUCCGCUCUCAUCAAGAAUUUCACUUUCCAUUAGUUUUGAUUUCAAAGUUCCACUGCCCAGGAAUACGACUGCAGCUGAUCUUAAUCAGACAACUGAAGAAAUUUCCAGUAACCUAUUAUUAAAGUUUACCAGAACAGAUGUGAAUCUUAAUAUCAGUGGGAUUUCCUUAGUUUUCGAUGCUUCAAAACCACCUCAAGUCCGCUUCGUGCGCCUUUUAUGUGAUAGUGGACAGGUUCUAAGAGGCUCCAAAUGUGUGAGCUGUCCUGUUGGAUACUUACACAAUACCUCAGAUUGCCAGACAUGCGCAGUGCAUCAUUACCAAGAUAAAGAGGCGCAGACUUCUUGUGUCCCUUGUCCAUUUGGAACAUCAACAUUCGGCGAGGAAAACCCACAUCGGAUGUCAAUGGAGCGAGCCAUUGGCACGCCUAUACUGACGGAAAAGCAGAAAAAGGGGAAAAAGGCCCCAAAAGGGACAGACCCCAAAGGGCUGAACCUUGCGACGCCCCAGCUCAUAAUGAGAUGGGUGACCAUUACUAACGAACAUGAAGCUCGAAGCACAGAUGGCGUUCAAAAAACGCCGAAAAACAGAAAAAACCUGGUCGGUACUUACGAAGGCAUGACAGAAUAA